GUCCAAAGAGACGUCCUCGAAGAGAUCGAUGACCUUGUGAAGGCACAGGUCGCCCUGCAGCUGCCCAAUCACCUCCCGCCAGGCCAGCUUGAGGAGAUUCAGCGCCACAAAGAUGAGCUCGCGCAGCUCGAGCUCGAACUGCACAACGCCGAAAGCGUCCGCCAAAACGCCGCGUUGCUGAUGGACGGUGAUCUCGAGCUGCAUCCCCUACGCACGCCGCAGAACAUCGUCAGCGCCAGCUUCCCCCGCACCCUCGGCGAGCUCUUCAACAUGAGUGAGCAAACCGCCGUGGUGCUCCUGCAGGAGCACGGCCGCCCCGACGCGAUCGUGUCCGGGCCCGGCUCGCACGAGAAGAACGUGAACGAGUUCAUGCGUCUAUGCGGCGUUCGGUACCUCCUGGUACGGCGCCGCUCCCCCUCGUAG